CCAACCAAAAACUACUGCGUAGAAUUAAUAGAACUUUUUCACACACAAGCCUUGCAAUAUCAGCUCUCAAGACAUAUAAUGGUUAUGCGGCUUAAGUGUGAAGUUGGUUUCGAAAAAACGUAAUUAAGUCCUCUGACGGGAAAAAACGAAAUGACUUUCCGAACAACCUUAUAUUUCCGGUCUAAGUAAACCUGUUAAUUUUAUUUUUAAAGUGUUAAUUUAAACCCUCUCGCAAUUUCGUUUUCAAAUUAACAGAAGAAGCAACUUUAAUAAAUUUCUCUACAUCCCGUAAAGUAAUUUUCGUAUAAUAAGCCGUUAAGCGAAAUGUUUAAAAACCCCUUGAAAAAUAAAUAAAAACGUUAUUACCUGAUAUGACGUCUACGCUAUUAAGCGUAUCCGAGAAAAGUUCAUAUGAGUGUUCCUAAUGAAUGAAUGGAAGAAAAAAACUUUGCGAACAAAAUAUGGCAAGAAGGAACGUAUGCCCCCCUCAUCAAAACCAGAUUGUUCCUACUUCGGAUAGACUGGAACGAAAGCUAGAAGAUGAAACCAAUGUGGUAGAUAAAAAAUAAAUGGACAAAAAAUAAGUGUUGAUGGAAUCAUGCAGAUUAAACAUUUGUAGAUUUAAUUGCUUUUGUUUAAUGCAGUAUUCAAAAUAGCGAAUAAAGGCAAACGUAUCACCGUAAUUCAGGCUGGACCGAAAGAGGGAUUUAUACUGCGUGGAAUGUUAAGGAUUCAGCAACGCAAGUGCAGAACAUGUUGAAAACUGAUUUCAAAAUUACUUUCUAAAAAACAGUGUGAAAGUGCCAGCGUAAUAAAUGUAAUUAAAAUCGGAAUUAAUAAUAUAGCUGUUGGGGGCUAGAAAAUGUCAGCACGGCACAUUUGAAAAAUUGAAAAUUGUUACAUUCGCAUGCAAAAUAACGUAGGGCCCACUGUGAAAAUCGCAACAAAGUUCACAGGUCGCGCGUUUCUGUAAUUAUUUUUAGCGUUAAAAUACGCAAUAACACAUGACGGAUAAUACUAACGUUCCGAAGUCGUCGCAUCUGUUUUAGGAAGUAACGCCAAAAGUACGGAUAGAAACAAACUGUUAUAAAAAAGUCGUAAUGUGUAAAGUAUUAACGUUUAAACGGCAAUGUUGUCAAAAGGCACAUCGUACAAUUUAUAAAUACGUUUCUUCAGUGAAAAGAUCAACUGCAAAAAUAUUAUUAAAGAAAGAAGAAUGUAUUUGUGCUUUUUAAAAGCCAACGAAGCAUUGAAACUGCUAAUGGCGUCAGUUUUAAAAGUCUUUAAGUGUAUCUAUUGUUUAUUGUACUGAAAAGUUUGAGAUUUAUCUAAGAGGCCACCACCCCAAUAAAACUUGGAAACUAAUUAAAACUUGAAAUUAUUAGUAGAAAAAUGUAUUAGUAAAGUCUGUUCAUAGAUAUAAGAAAGUGACUAACUGAUACGAAUUAAGGAAAGACCCGGGCAAGCUAUAAGAAUAAAAUAUGACCGAACUUUGCUUAGAAUUUAAUUAUUUGGGGUUUUGUUCGGAAAGAUACUAAACAAUAUUUAUUUAUGCAUGUAUUUAUGUUCAACAAGUCUACGUCCAACAUCGGAGAUGGAAGGACCUCUGAAGAAGCUCGCCACUCGUGCUAGCGAAACGUUAGGAAGUAAUUCCAAUCGACGACGGCCUUUAAACCCGAAUCAAGAUAAUAGCUUACAAUGUUGCUUUCAGCAGCCCACAUGGCGUCUUUGGGGCGAGGAAAGGACAGAUGGUGCCCUUUACACGGUCUACCUCAAGAAAGUGCGUUACCACCGACCUACCAGAAGCCUGUCGUCUUCCCAUUCGGACUCUGACGACGAAAUCUCACACCUCGAAUGGGAAACGAUAAGGGUGCGUUUCGUAAAAGCGGCGACGUUGAAGAAACUGGUCGAGGCCCUGUCGACCGACGACGGGGAGCUCGAGACGACCUACAUUAACGUCUUUCUAGCGACGUACCGCAGUUUUUCUACUCCCAAAGAGGUGCUCAGGCUGCUGCUCGAGCGGUACGAGGAGCUGUGCGACGAAUCUCCACUCGGACAACCCGAACAGCAUGAGCAGCAUAAAAAGACUCUCGUGUCGGCGCUGCACGUGUGGCUCGACACUUAUCCGGAGGACUUUAAGGAGGCGCCCGAGUACGCCACUCUGCGCGUCCUGCUCGACUUCUGUGACGAGCACCUGCCCAAUACGGAGCUGGACGCAAAGGUCAGGCAUCGCCUCGACCGGUACUGCAGGGAGGCGUACGCCGAUCCCCUGCUCGCCCCGCCCCCUGCGUUCGCGAUGCGCACCCUGGUGGCGGGUUGGCGAGUCUUCAAAUUGCCCGACGUCCCCGUUCGCCAUUUCGCCGAGCAACUCACCAGGAUGGACGUGGAUCUCUUUAAAAAACUGGUGCCGCACCAGUGCUUGGGAGCGGUGUGGUCGCGCCGCGACAAGAGCCGCUCCCACGAGGCGGCGACGGUGCUCGCGACGGUCAACCAGUUCAACGCGGUCUCGUUCCGCGUGAUCUCAUCGAUCCUGGUCGAGCCGGGCCUGAGAACCGGCGACCGGGCCGCCAUUAUCGCCUGCUGGAUCGACAUUGCGCAGGAGCUGCGCCUCAUCAAGAACUUUUCGAGCCUCAAGGCGAUUAUCAGCGGCCUUCAGAGCAACCCGAUAUACAGGUUGCAGAAAACGUGGACCACGGUACCGAAGGAGAAGAUCGAGCUGUUCGACGAGCUCGCGCGUAUCUUCAGCGAGGAGAAUAACCAGUGGACGCAGCGCGAGCUGCUGAUGAAAGAGGGUACCGCCAAGUUCGCCAAUACCGUCGGACAGCACGACCGUCAACUACAGAAACUGUUCCAGCGUCAGAAGAACCAUCAUCACACCGCCAACAUAUCGUUCGGCACUGUACCGUACCUCGGCACCUUCCUCACCGACUUGACGAUGAUCGAUACCGCCAUACCGGACCACGUGGCAGACGGUCUCAUCAAUUUCGACAAGAAACGCAAAGAGUUCGAGGUGCUCGCGCAGAUCAAACUGCUGCAGGGGGCGGCGAACGCGUACCACUUCCGCGACGACCCCGCCUUCGACCGAUGGUUCGACUCGAUCCUGGUGCUCGACGAUCGCGAAGCGUACCGUCUGAGUUGCCAGAUCGAACCGGCAGCGACGGCGACGACGUCCACUACGUCCGGGAAAAAAGGCGCCGCCGGCGGUCACAGGAAAAACGACUCGAUAGCGAGCACGUCGAGCAGCAGCAACGGUUCGCAGUUUUACUGCGACGCGGAGUCGUCGUCGCCGAGCACCACGUCGUCCCGGAUGUCGGACUCGUCUAGCAGCAGCUCGUCGUUGCCGUCGCUCGACGCCUCGUUGGCGGGCUCGUCGUUAUCGGGAGGCGGAGGCGGUCGGAAGAGCAACGCGGGCCCGGACUUUUACAUCAUCAAAGUCACGUACGAGACGGGCGUCGCGGAAACCGAAGGCGUCGUCCUCUACAAAAGCAUAAUGCUGAGCAACAACGAGCGCACGCCCCAGGUGGUGCGGAACGCGAUGUACAAGCUGGGACUGGAGGGGAACCCGGAGAGCUAUACGCUCGCCCAGGUGCUGCCCGAUAAGGAAAUGGUCCUGCCGCCCAACGCUAACGUUUACUACGCGGUGAACACCGCCCAUAACCUAAAUUUCGUGCUGCGCCCCAAAAAGGAGGAGGGCACCGGCACCAUGGUAAAAAACACGAAAAAAAACAAGUCGUAACCACCCCCGUCCGACCGCCAUUCUCUCUCUCUCUCUCUCUCUCUACGAAAAUACGCCGGUGCUCAUUCGCCGGCAUUCGAAUAUAAAAAUAUUAUGUACGGGGCCAUUCGAAAGAAUCUUCACGCACGUCACUUUUUGCCUAAAAUAUAUCACGAUAUAGGCCGUUUUGAAUCACCCCGUAUAUAUACCGUACCGUAGGAUAUUUUUUGUACUCUUUUUUUCGUUUUAACGAAGCAAUCGAAUUUACAUAUACACAUAAUUAAUAUUCGACCAGUAUAUUCGUUAAUUGAAGCGUAAUUAUUUAAAUAAAUCGACAAAAUAACUACUGUGAUAAAAAGCACGCAGAAUACUCCCCCAAGCAUCACCACCCGCCCCCUCCAGUUCUAUUAUUUAAUUUAUUUGUAGCGAUGCGGCGCCCAACGGUUCUACAGUUGUUAUUUUUCCGCGAGGUUGCCAGUUUUGUAUAGUUAUUAAAUUAAUAUAUAGCAAUUAUACCAUAACGGCGAUAUUUAUUGAUAAUAAUUCUAGCUAUUCGGGUGCUAAAUGUCACUUUAUUUGUACUAAACUCAAGACUGAAAUCGAUUUUUCAAGAAAUAAAAGUUUUUCCCCAUUUUAAAAGAAAAAAUAUCGCCCGCAAUCGACCAACCCUUAUUAAAUUUUUUUCUGUGCAUAUAUACGUACGGUAUAGGUUGUUUCUUAACUUUGCGAAGCUUUAACACACGGAAUUUCAGUCAACUAAAUCAGAUCUAUUUUUGAUACGAUCGAAGUGCAUUUUCUAAUAAUAGUAAUAAUAAUAAUUCGUUACCAAUGGGUAACCACCAGUAGUUACAUAGUUUUUACGAUGCGAGGGACAAAGCCAAAGAAAAGACCCGACAGGUAUUUUUCUUUGCUCUCGGGAUCCCCCAUUAGUCUCGUGGUAACCAGAAACCGAACCAAAUACUUUUUUGUAAUCGGGUCUCUCUCUUUCUCAAUGGUACUUAAUUUUAGCGCGUAGAACUGAACAUUUCUUUCUCGAAACAGAAUCUCUUGUAUAUCUUUUUGUU